AUGGCAACACCUCAGACCAGCCAGCACUUCCGGCUGACCCAGUGCCAGAACUGCCUCUGCGUGUGUCCCGACGUCGAAGGGCGCCGGCCACUUUGCUCCGACUGCGCCGACGAGUUCCGCCGGCGCAAGGAGCGCGUCGUCGACCGGGUCCGGGGCACCAGCAUGGACGCCCAGCGGCCUUCGAAUUCUAGGACGUUGAGCUAUGAGAGCGGCGUGUAG